AUGAGAUGAGGAUUAAGAAAUCCGCUGAUUUCCCAUUUCAAAUUAGAAGUUUGGGGUCUACGAUCUUUAGUAUCUCGGAUAGUUGAAUACAGAAAUGCCUCGUUUUUUACAGUUUCAUAUACAAACUCUUUUUUAUCCUUUGUAGGUGCCAGCUUAAACAAUGAGACAUCCCAUACAAACUGUCAUGGCGAAAUAAUGAUGAUUUAA